GUCGCAGUGGCGGCGGUGAGUCGUCUGCGCGGAGGGAUAUAGCGCGGGACUACACCCAGCGCUGUCUGAGUCGGUCGGCUUUCUUUCCUGCCCGAGCUGGGAUUUCACACGAGCCAGACAGCACAGGAGACGCCAAAACCCUCCAUCCGCGCAACUUUUAGCACUUGUAGCGUUAUAUCCACUCCAGUGGGUGCAGUUCGUCCUAUACAUCCUUUCAAAUCACAGAAAAAAUGUCUUGGCAAAGCUACGUGGAUAAUCUGAUGGCGGAUGGCAGCUGCCAGGAUGCCGCCAUUGUUGGCUACACGGACGCCAAAUACGUUUGGGCAUCGUCAGAGGGUGGUACUUUUAGCGGUAUAACGCCUGAUGAAAUCGAUAUCAUUGUUGGCAAAGACCGAGAGGGCUUCUUCACCAGUGGGCUGACUCUAGGGAAAAAGAAGUGCUCUGUGAUCAGAGACAGCCUUCCGUUGGAAGGGGACUGGACGAUGGACAUCAGGACAAAGAGUCACAAUGGAGAGCCGACAUACAAUGUUUCCAUAGGCAGAGCUGGCAAAGUGUUGGUUAUAGUCAUGGGAAAGGAAGGUACCCACGGAGGAUCGCUCAACAAGAAAGCAUUUAGCAUGGCUGAGUACCUGAGGAAAGUUGGAUACUAAAGCAGCCCCUUCCCAUCCAUCCACACAGCAGCUCACUUUAAUACACCGCUCCACACUUCCCACCCACUCACCCUCAUCCUCGCCCCCUUUUUGUCAACUUGACAGCACUACCAGAAACAGUUAGUAGAUGCAUCCAUCAUUGUCUUUCUCCAAAUCUAUCUGUCCAUUUUUUUAAAAUGAAGUUCUCCUUUUGUUUAAUGCUCCAUGUCCUUUAGUUGAUCUUUUGUGUGCCACACUAAAUCAAGCAUGUUGGUUUUAUGAAGGUUCAAUCACAAACACUACUGUACAUACCAUAGGUGUAAAAAUGAAGGUUUUUAAAAAAAAGAAUUGGAUUACCCAAAUUGUGUAAAUUCACAAGUUAAGGCACUACAUUGUCCUUUUUUUUUUUCUUAGGCACUGCUAAUGAACCAGCUUAGAUAGAUUGACGCCUCUCGAGUGCUUUGAGCCCUUGCUGAGCUCUCAUGGUCUUCCUUGUAUACAGCAUGUCCAGGGUGGAACAAGUGCAUGCAUAUCUUUUAGAUCAAUAUCACGUUUUCCAGUAGCUAACCACACCACCUUGUCUCAGCUUUGAGAAUGAAGUUAACCAGUCACGUAACACUUUUCUUUUUUCUUAUUGUUAUUGUUUUUCUAUUCUUUUCUUGGUUUGAUCCUGAAUUCAUUUAGUAAACACAUCUGCCCCUGCCCUUGUGAACUGCACCACUUUUGCCCCAGCUACUAUUAUAUGCCCUCGACCUUCUUUAGUUUGAAAACCUUAAAUCAAAUGCUUUUGCUGUUGUAUUUGGAUGUGGUCUUGUAAGUCAUUUGUCUAAUGUUGGAAUAUGUAGAGUGUGGUGGCAGAUCAGCAUUUACAAGGUUUGGGUUAAGUUGUUUCUCAAGAGCCUUUGCAUCCCGGACUCUGUAUGGACAUUCCAUCACUACAAUAGCUCGGGCACUUAUAAUUGUUGUUUGCCAGCUCCUGUAAAAUGUUUUUCUUUUUGUCCUUUUUUUUUUUUUUUUUAAGACAAAGUGCUGCCAUCCCAAUGUACCUCUGGUUCUGUCCAUUUCACUUUGGGUUCUCUAAUAGGACCAAUUUUUUUGUUGCAUCCAGUGGGAUUAACAGAAUUGCUCCAAACUAUUGUGAAGGAUGACUGCUAGCUUCAUCUGUUGCCGACUUUAUAACACUAAAUUUUCCACACUUCAGAUACACAAUGUAACACCAAGCUCAUUUGUAUUAAACACUAUUACUGGCUUAACAGUUUGAAAUUAAAAAUCAAAUGUAUAUCUACCUGAAAAUUCCUCUCAUGAAUGUCUUGAAUAGAUGAAAUGGCAGUCUUAUUGUAAACGUGUCACCUUAAACAUUUUUGACUUUUAAUCCGUUAUUUUCAAGAAUGAAACCAUUUGGAAGUCAUUGCCUUGUAAACUACUUAAUUGCGAUGUAUCAAACUGUCAUAGCACGGUACAAAUGCUUCAUUAAAUAGAAAAAAAAAAAAAAAAAGAUGCUGAAGUAAACUGUGUACACUAACUUUUUUUUUCUGGGAUAUGGUGGUAUUAGUUGGAAAAAGAUCACUAGUUGAAGUCAGUGUAUUGUGGAAACUUGUUAAAUAAAGCUGUGUAUCCUGUGCCAUAAUGUAGAUCUGAUCUGUUGCUACUGUGAGAUGGAUUUUAACUGCUGCCCUUGAGAGGAGUCGAUUCUUCAGUGGCACCUUUGGGCUAUUUGGCAUCAGUUCAACCUCCAGGGCAUGUGGAAAAAAUGUACAGAUUAAAGAAAAGAUAAAAUUGUCUAAUUCUCUCCCUUCUUACAUUAGACCAGCUGAUAUUCAACUCAAUUAAAGUGCAAGGAAAGAAAAAAAAUGCCAUGAUUUAACCACCUUGUUUACAGACGGAUCAAAUAAACCUAUUCCAACCAGAAAA